AUGGAGUCAGACUAUUCAGACGACCGUGAGAGCGACGAGGGCCCUUUCGCGCGGGCAGCGGACACGCUGACCUCUCCCAUGCGGGUUCUCGGCUCCAAACAGGCCCUGAGAGCGUAUCUGGGCACCCUGCUCAUCGUCAGCGCCUCGAUCAUCCUACUAGGGAUUGCGACCGUCGCGUACUGGAUUUUCUACUUUCGGUUUAUUCCGCAGAUCAGUCUUGAGCGCCCCGUCUACCUGCAAUUCGGUGAUGGCCAUCCACGGGGAACCGUUGUUCUCGACGAUGUCCUGGUAUCACAGCAAGUGUACGAUAUCAGCGUGCAGCUCGAGAUGCCUCGUACGCCGGGCAACCUCGCCGCGGGGAACUUUAUGCUCAACCUGCAGUUGACGACGGAGGGGAACAUCGACCCCCACGAGGAUAUCGAAUUCAUUACCGCUCAGCGUCCCGCGAUCCUCACCUAUGCUUCCCCCCUUGUCGACACGGCUCGCCAGUUAGUCCAGAUGCCGCUCUACUUGCUUGGUUGGCGCCGCGAGGCCGAAACCCUGCUCGUGCCUAUGCUGCAGGCGGAGUUUGUCCGCGGUCGACGCAAUCGGCCGGGCAGGGUGCAUUUGGAGCUGCAGAGUAAACGACAUAUGCAGAUCUAUUCGGCUACGGUGAUUUUCAAAGCCAGAUUUUCGGGUCUACGGCGGAUCAUGUAUAAUUGGCGGAUCACGGCGUUUGUAACAUUCACGACCGUAUUCUGGAGUACCUCGAUGGUCUCGGCCUCGAUAGCAUGGCUUGUCCUUGCUUCCUUUGCUGGAGGCAAGGGAAACAAGACUCCAACGAAACUAAAGAACGAGGCCAUCAAAAAGGAAGAAGAACCUGAAGAAUCAGAUGUUUCUAUCAAGGAGGAAAGCGACGAGGAGACGGAACAGUUUCCUAUAGAAAGAGAAGAAGAAGAAGAAGAAGAAGAAGAAGGGGGAGAAGGAGAAGAAGAAGACCAGACCCAGCCUCAACAGAUCACCACCGAUACUAGCGCGGAUAGCGACGUCGACGAUCCUGGCGUUGGUACAGGGACGGGGCUGGAGAGUGCUGAAGCGCGCGGUAUCCAGCGACGCAGAAGUCAUCAAGCUCGUGAUGGGCAUUGA